GCCAGUAUAUUUAGCAUUAGAAUGACCCUUUACUCCUUCCUAGGACGCCAAGAAUGCGUCUUUUUUUCCUUCAUUCGCUCGCCACUUGUCUCCAAUUUGGUUUCGGAGACCUCGUACUCAGCGAUGUCACCAUCAGGACUUUCAUAUCCAAGAUCUGGGCUAUCCUGUGGCAAUUAUGGAGGGCCACCCUACGAGUUUAUCUGCGCAAAACAUUGCAUGGUACAUAUGCGAAUGAGGGAGAGGAGCAGGCCUACUGGGAAUCAGCAAUACGAUCGCAUUUAUAUCUGCAGACGUCUGGUGCUAUGAAAGUCUGGUCCUUUCCGGUCAUAACAUCCUAUGCACCCGCACCUCCAGUAUCGACGUCCCAAGAGGACGAACCCGAAUCAAUAGAAUACUACCUUCCAUCAAAAACAUUCUGUAAAUGGCAUCGAAUGGUUUUCCCCGAGAGCCCGAACCACCCGACGCUCAGCCAAGCCCGCAUGCUCAAGAAAUACUUCAGUAGUCUUGAUCGUCGAGAGAUGCAUCGGAUAUCACAGUUGUUAUCGGAUGACGUUGUCUUUGGCACCCACAAAUGCUGGGGUUCCAAGUACAGAACAUUGUGGAACUCGUGGCUCGAGAAGAAGGGUGCAGACAUAGCCAUUGUCUUUGCAAAAAAAAAGUCAAUGAACCAAUAGGUACUCCAUCGAAUAUACUCGUCUCUCGACCUCAC